UUGUGUGCGUGUGACUUUUAUGAUCACUCCUGUUUCCGCCCAUGACGUCACGAGCAAGGAAGGCGAAAGAGGAAAGAUUUGACGGGAUCGAAAAGUCAACAAGAGUGAAUGCCUUUCUUCCGGUGACGUCAUACUACGGCGUUCACCACGAGACGGCACACUUCUAAAGAUAGCGAGACGGACUAGUCUUAUCUUCCUCUGCUCGCUUGACAUUUUGCAUAAAGCCGCGUUCUUUGUGCGAGACUGCACUGAUACCACGCUUUUUCAAGCUAAACGACUACAAUAUAAAGUCAUGGCUAUCAUCGGUCAGAGACGCAUUGAUGCCGUUUCAAGUGGGAGGGCUGAACACCAUUCAUUCGCUGCUAGGGUUGCCACCUUUCCGAAAUAGAAAUAAAGGACGCCCAAAGCCAGCGGUCUCAAACCGACUCCACAAAGGGCCGCAGUGGGUCCUGGUUUUUGUUCCAACAGAUCGAGCACAAACAGUUCAACCAAUGAGGUUUCUACUAACAUAAGCAGCACCUGAUUGCAAUCAACUGAUUACACUUGUAAGAAACCAGAUUGGUGAAAAGGUAUUUGUCUCGUUUGGUUGGAAUGAAAUCCAGUACCCCCUGCGGCCCUUUGAGGACCGGUUUGAGACCACUGCGAAAGCCGUCCAAGCGAAAAGACAAAAAGUGACAUCCCCAAACGUACCCAUUUAUAGAAACUGCUCACCAAAAUCAAAGGAGCACAUUAAAGAAACAAUAAUUGGAUACAUCCAUAUGAUGUUGGAUAUUUAUACAAAUAACGACAGGGCAAAGGAUGCCCAGUCUUUUAAUGGAAAUACAAGUUUACAGCCGACAGAGGGCUCCAUUGUGUAGACACCAGAGUGAAAUGAAGAUGUGGCAGGCUAGUCCGUUUCGUCGCGGCACGCUCCUAAUGAGACGACAGAUGGCGUCUAGUGGCAUUUCCUCCCAGAUCUGCGUGAGGGCAUCCCUGAGCUGUUGUGCAGUCUGAGGAGCAACCUGGCGGCGCCUCGUGGACGGAAAUAAUGUCCCAGAGACGUUCCAUUGGGUUGAAGUCGGGGGAUCGUGAAGGCCAUUCAAAUGUUUCAAUUCCUUCAUCCUCCAGGUACUGCCCGCGUACUCUUGCCCACGUGAGGCCGGGCAUUGUCGUGCAUUAGGAGGAAACCAGGACCUAUUGCACCAGCGUAGGGUCUGACCAUGGGUUCAAGGAUUUCAUCUCCGUAAUUUAUGGCAGUCAUUUCCUAGGCAAUAGAGGUCCACGGAUAUGCCUCCCCAGACCAUCACUGACCCACCACCAAACCUGUCACGUUGAACGACGUUUUUCUCCUCGUCUUCUCCAGACUCUUCCACGUCUAUCGCAGGCUCUCGGGAUGAACCUGCUCUCAUCUGUGAAAAGUACAGGGCUUGCCAAUUCCGGUGUUGUCGAGCUCCACGGCGCCGGGCAGUGAGCACAGGGCCCGCUACAGGACGUCGGGCCCUCGGACCACCUUCCUGAAGUCUGUUCCCGAUUGUUUGGGUAGAGACAUUCACACCAGUGCCCCUCUGGAGGUCAUUCUGUAGGCCACGAGCAGCACUCAGCCUGUUCUCCCUUGCACAAAGGAGCAAGUAUCGGUCCCGCCGAGGGGUCGAGGACCUUCUCCGGCCCUGUCCAGCUCUCCGAGAAUAACCGCCGGUCUCCUGAAAUCUCCUCCGUGUUCUGGUGAUGGUGCCGGGAGACACAUUUAACCUUCUUGCUGCAGCACGUGUGGACGUGACAUCCUGGAGAAGUUGGACAACUUCUGUAGGGUUAAGGAAUCGCCUCAUACUGCCGGUAGAGAUAAUUACGCAAGCCAAAAUCAGCACGAGUGGAAAACCAGCCAAAAAAGGUCAAGGGGGAGGAACUUGAAAUGACCUCCUCCACAUGUAAAACCAGUCCUGUUUUGAGGGUUUUCUAAUUGUUGCCUCUGAAGUGCCCCUGUUGUCAAUUCCUUCAACACCGAUACAGCUGAAAUGGAUUAACAAGGCCCUCAGCUGCUGAAAAUGAUCAGACAGGUUUAAUUCAAUUCAUGCCAGGCCCAAUAAAAAAAAUGUUCCUUUCAUUUUUGUGGGCAGUGUAUAUUCCGUAUCGGUUCAAUAUGGGACACAAAUUUGAAUUCCCAAUUUGGAACGAUUCCUUUUUUCGAGGGAUGGGUGGCAAGCCUUUUCGCUGCCAACCUCCCACUUCAAAUGAAUUGGAUAUAAACCCUGUUCAAUUGACGACAGAAGCACGAAAAGACCUUUCAAACCGAUUGCGUCGACUUUCCCUCAUCACCAUCUUAUUUCUCACUGGAUUAUUCGAUCGAUGCCACUAGACGUCCGAUCCGUUUCAAGCGGGAAGGGUCGCGGCACAUUCAUUGGACUCGACUCGUUCAAAUUCACGGCAGAAAGACGAUCGGACAUCUAGGACGACGAUAGACUGCUCCUUAAUCGACGCCGGCCGUCGCGUGUGGGUCAGGGGUGCCGCGUUCGCGGCCGAAGGCGUCGCGAUCGGCAAAGGCGCGCCAUGAGCGGCGAGGAGAACGGACGCGCCGGCCGUCACGGGAGGAUCGGCGAUCGCCACGGGGCGGCCCCGGAGGGCGGCUGGGGCUGGGUGGUGCUGGCGUCCACCGUGGCGGUUCUGGCGCUGACGCUGGCCUUCCCGGCCUGCGUGGGCAUCUUCUACAGUGACUUGCAGAAGGAUUUCCAGGCGUCCAACAGCCAAACGUCGUGGGUGCCCGCCAUCAUGACGGCCGCACUCCACGCGGGAGGGCCACUGUGCAGCGUGCUGGUGGAGCGGGCGGGUUGCAGAGCGACCGUCAUGCUGGGCGGAGUCCUGAGCGGGCUGGGCGUGGCCGCCGGCUCCUUCGCGCGCUCCGUGGGACAACUGUACAUCACGGCCGGAGCGGUCGCCGGUUUAGGUUUCUGCUUCAGCUACCAGCCGGCCGUGACCAUCUUGGGGCAGUACUUUGUGGAGCGCCGCGCCUUCGCCAACGCCGUCUCGUCCACUGGUACGGCGCUGGGCCUAUGCGCGCUUCCGGCGCUGGCCGACUUCCUGCGCGAGCGAUUUGGCUGGAGGGGCAGCUUCCUGGUCCUAGGCGCCGUCCUCUUCCACUGCUGCGUCUGCGGUGCCCUCAUGCGGCCUCUAUGGCCGCCGCCGCCGCCAGCGGAACCCGGGACACGUAGGGGCUUUGUGGCGUGCGUGGCCAAACACCUGGCCCUGGACCAGCUGCUGCACAACCGGCGCUACGCCGUCUAUGCGGCGGCCAUCACCUGGACCAUGUUGGGCUUCGUGGUGCCGCUGCUCUACCUGGUGCCCUACGCCACCGCCCACGGCACGGAGGCGGGGCGGGCGGCCUCCCUGCUCUCCGCGCUGGGCGCGGUCAACGUGGCGGCGCGGCCGCCCGCCGGGGCCGUCUUCGGUCUGCGGCGCUUCCGGGGGCGGCACGUCUACGUCUUCUCGGCGGCGCUGCUGCUGAACGGGUUGAGCAACUUGGUGUGCUGCGCGGGCCCGGCCUUCCCGGUGCUGCUGAGCUACGCGCUGCUCUACGGGCUCUCCAUGAGCGCGGUGGGCUCGCUCAUGUUCACCGUCCUCAUGGACACGGUCGACGCCGGGCGCUUUCCCUCGGCGCUCGGCCUUCUGUCGGUCAUGGAGAGCGUCACGCUGCUGGCGGGACCACCGCUGGCCGGACUCCUGCUGGACGCCACGGGGGACCACCGCCUCAUCUUUGCCGGCUGCGCCGCCGUGGUGGCGUCGGCCGCCGUCUUCCUGGGCGUCGCCUUUUGGCGGAUGGACACAGAGGAGCGCGCCCGAGACUGCGACGACGCGGCGGCGGAAGGACGCCCUCUCUCUGAGGACAGCGCGACCGUUCACUCGCCGAUGCCGAGGGAAGCCGACCGUUUGUGAUCAUCUGUUGAUUUGGAAACGACCCAAAUAAAAGAGCGUCCGCCAUUCCCAGACUUUUAUUGGAUUCUUUUGAACUUUUUGUUCGUCUAUCGUGGCAACUAUGAAUGGAACUGGGCCGCUUGGCAGGGAAGGCAUUGGACAAAGAUGAGUGUUUGCGGCUGGUCCAGACCCGGCUGCAGAAAGAAAUUACAGGGGGGGCAUUACAUUUUUUUGGGGCGGUACACUUCUUCAAUGUAAAUUUAGCCGUAACAGUGGCGUAUUUACCCGUUAUAUUUUCUGAUGAUAGUGUCAGUCAGUGAAACUGCAGGAGGUGGCAGCGCUAUCCCUUCAUGUUGACUUUCGGCCACGUCUUUGUCAUGGCUUGAGUUCGUCUUUAGUUUCUUGAAAAAAAAACACGGAUGUCCAUUCCAAAAUCGAAUUAGCAACGGAGGAGCCGCUCAAUCGCCAUUUCUGUAACUGGAGCGAUCCCUAUCCAAUCGCAGUACACAAUAGCAGGUGUUGUGCCGAAAAAUAGCCGCCCCGCGUGAAAUGUCCCCCCUGACGGGAACGCUUAUUUAUAACGCUUUAUUGAGGUGAAAACAUCAAAUGUUUUCAUGGACUCGUUACAGUAAUGGAUUUACGACUGUAAAAUCACUUUUAAAUAAAUUAAUUAGACAAAAUACUAGUACUUUAUUUUACUAACAAAUCGUGGACUGGGCCACAUAACCAUCUUUGAACAGAAAUGUAUUAGUCUACAGGUUUUCACGACCAUAUCUCAAUGACAAUCACACAGUUAUGACAAAAUUCAGUUCAAGCAGUGUAAAAUAAUACAUAUAUUCACGGGAUAAGAAAAUCGUUUCCAUGUCCAUCGAUUGGUAAGAAAAAGCUGUACGAGUGAUUUCUCAGUAUUUAUACUUACUCAGUGUGAAACUUAGCAAUUAGGCUUGAAAAACUAUCAGACAGGGAACUUGAGCAAUGCAUUUAAGCACAUCAGGGCUGGUCGUCUCGCUGACAAUGGCUUUGCAGACAGGUAGUAUUAACGUCUCUGCCACAGUUUGGGACUUUUGGGAUUUAGCAACAAAGUAACUGGCUUUCAGGGCGUUCUUAUUUACCUUUGUAGUUUUCCUCAAAAAAGUUGCCCAUUUCUCUGUGUUUUCACGAAGGCGUACAAAAUAAUCCAUCGAUUUGUUCUGAAGCGACGGGGGUUCAUUUGGAGAUGAGUUUAAGCUUGUAUGGCGCCAUGGCGCUAGAUAGCCGCUCGUGUUGCGUUCAAGAACUGCUCGGAUUUCUAGGUAUCUCCCACCUAGCUGUCCUCGGUAAUGUGUUGGAAUAAAACAAAGAGGGAGGAUUAACGGUCGUCACAUAUGGAUAAAAUGGAAAGGACACUUUUGUAUAUAUAUAAUGAACAGUAGAAGUGCUGGGGUCCACAUUGUUACGGAGCGCAAGGUGGCUGACGGCUAGAAAUCCGAGCAGUUCUUGAACGCAACACGACUCAUCUGCACACAACCGAGAACUUUUUCCACAUUCCUUCCUUCCUUCCUACUGCAACUUUGCCCGACGAUGUUAAAAAAAAGCGACAUUGGAUAAUUUCUCGCGGCGGCGGCACAAUCGAUUGAAAAACACUGGAAUAUAGGGUUCAUUCUCCACGUGUGUGUCUGUUUUUGUGGAAGAUUUAAAAAAAAAAUUUUUUUUUUAAAUUACACAGUACAGUUUAAUCGAGCUAGGGCGGGCACAGCCGUCCCUCGGGGCGGGCACGGCCCCCUAAUGCCCGCCCAUGCCGCCUGGUCUGGGCUGGUCCAAUGCAUCCGAUUGGCGGGCGGAGACUUCAUAUUGAGUCACUUCCUGUCAAUUUGGGUUCACUUCACCGGUCACUUCUUGUACAUUUUUGUACCCCCGGUUAAAUGGGAUUUGAUGUCUUUCGCCGUCCGUGGCACUUACAGUGGUAUGAAAAAGUAUCUGAACCUUUUGGAAUUUCUCACAUUUCUGAGUAAAAUCACUACCAAAUGUGAUCUGACCUUUGUCAAAAUCACACAGAUGAAAAAACAGUGUCUGCUUGAACUAAAACCACCCAAACAUUUAUUGGUUUUCAUAUAUUAAUGAGGAUAGUAUGCAAACAAUGACUGAAGGAAGUAAGUGAACCAUCACAUUUAAUAUUUUGUGCGCCCCCCCAGCAGCAAUAACAUCAACCAGAUGCUUACUGUAGCUGCAGAUGAGUUCGGCACAUUGAUCAGGACUAAUCUUGGCCCAUUCUUUUCUAGAAAACUGCUGUAGUUUAGUCAGAUGUCUGGCAUGAAUCACUGUCUUUAGAUCAUGCCACAGCAUCUCAAUGGGGUUCAAGUCUGGGCUUUGACUUGGCCACUCCAGAAUGUGUAUUUUGUUCUUCUGAAGUUGAUUUACUUCUGUGUUUUGGAUCACUGUCUUGUUGCAGCAUCCAUCCCCUUUUUAGCUUCAACUGUCUGACAGACGGUCUCAGUUUUUCCUGCAUAACCUUUCAAUUCGUUCUUCCAUCAAUGAUUGCAAGUUGUCCAGGCCCUGAGGCAGCAAAACAGCCCCAAAUCAUGAUGCUCCCGCCACUGUGCUUCACGGUGGGGAUGGGGUGGUGUUGUUGGUGAGCUGUUCCAUUUUGAUGUUAUGUGUUACUCCCAAACAAUUUAACUUGGGUUUCAUCAGUCCACAAAAUAACUUCUGUGGAGUGUCCAAGUGCCUUUUUGCGAACAUUAAACGAGCAACAAUGUUUUUAUAGACAGCAGGCUUCCUCCCUGGAGUCCUGCCAUGAACACCGUUGUUAGCCAUAGUUUUUGCAUAUAGUUGAUGCGUGCACAUAGAUAUAGGGACUGUGCCAGUGAUUUCUGUAAGUCUUUAGCAGACACACUAGGGUUCUCUUUUACCUCUCUGAGUAUUCUGCGCUGGCGUCAUCUUUGGUGGACGGCCACUCCUUGAGAGGGAAGCAACAGUGCCAAACUCUCUCCAUUUGUAGACAAUUGUUGAUUGAUGACUUUUAGAGAUGGUUUUGAAUCCUUACCCAGCUUUAUACAAAUCAGCCAUCCUUGAUCGCAGGUCUUCAAACAGCUCUUUUGACCGAGCCAUGAUGCACAUCUCAUUUCUUAGCAGGUGUGUGUUUUAUAGUGGGCGGGGCAGCUUUAAACCACUCAUCAGUGAUUGGGCAGACACCUGACUUAAAAUGUUUGGUAAAAAUUGGUUUCAAUUGCACUUGAAGUGUCCUUAGGUAGAGGGUUCACUUACUUAUUCCCCCCCCUCUGUCAUUGUUUGCAUACUAUCCUCAUUAAAAUAUGAAAACCCAAGGGUGUAGGUUUGGUCUCAAUAUUGGUAGGGACGAUAGAACAGCACAAUCUGCACGUACACUUUUUGUUGGGGACGGGACAUAAAUAAGACCAAACAGAUUGAGGGCUACAUUUCUCACCAAUGUAAUGAAUUGAUAGGCUAAAAAUAAAUCUGUAUUGACUAUCCCUAACCUUCACACUGCAAAUUUAUAACAUCUUCAUCUAAUAUUUAUUCUUAAAUCUCGUCGAAUAAUUUUCUCUAUCUUGUUUUGAGUGUUAAGGACUAAUUAACAGAUUUAAUGGGUCAGAUUAUUCAAUUUACUUUAGGUAAAUAUCAUAUCACCAUUUGUUCUCAUUAAGCCCAUACAUCCAAAGGUUGGUCAUUUUUCACCAAAAUCAAGAAAAAAUGAUUUCAAGUUUUUCUUUUUUUUUUUUCAGUUUUAAGGAGAUGCUUUUUUUUCAGCGCAUUAUGUAUAGGUUCAGGUGAUACACCGUUGGAUUCAAAGCUUUGUUUUCAAAAACUACUAAAGAAACUUCCAGAAUAAAUGUCUGGAUUUUAUUAGCAAAUUUAAAUGACAGUAUCUGAACCCAAAUUUGUGAAUUAACAUACAAAGAAAUACAAAAUUGUUAAUCAUCUCCUAUCCAGGAAUGCAAGAAAAUAAACAUUUGUCUUAAUACCACUCAAAAUUGUCAAUAAAAAUGGAGAGGAAAAACACUCCUGCUCUUGUCCACAAGCACAGCCAAACUCAACAAAAAGUGAAAGCUCCUUUAGGCUGCUUUAAGACCACAUAAGCAAAAGAAGAAGGAAAACUGGGAAGAAGGGGGUAAACCUUGAUUCACUACAUUUCUUCCAGCUGAGCAGAGUUCACUAUAUCUCUCAGUUGAAUGAACGUUUACAUAUAGUAGAAUACACGUACAGGAGGACAUUUCUGUCGAAGCAGUUUCCGACUCAGGCUUUCAUAUUACUUACAGCGGCUGCUGGCCGGAAAAAAAACUUCUGAUAUCCAAAGCGGGCGUAGGAGGCAGCAUGUUGACAUGUAACAUAAAGCCUGAGUUAGGCUCCCGCGUUGCGGUGACGGCGCAGCGACUAUGACGUCAUUCGAUGGUUCUCCGGCCAGGUGACGCGUUGCUCUGUAAUUCACCGCCAAGCCACAACAGGGGUGUGGCGUUAUGUUUGUACGGUUUUGGGGCAUGCUUGUUGACUUCCUCUCGUCUAUUUUAACGGAGAAAAAAAUAAAUAAACAACGCAAGAUGGAACGCUUGA